AUGGGCAAGCUUGGUGCUGGUCUGGAUUUAAACGAGAAGCACAAGCCGGUGGGGUCCCUUUUUCUCGAGGCGAUGGAUCGCGACUCCAUUCCCCCACGUGUUAGGCGGAGUGUCUACCGCCGGUUGGCCGAUCGAAGCCUUCCCAAUACCCCCUUUUCCUUCUACCCCGACGAGCCCGGACGCACGCGCGCAUUCUCCGCGAGCGGACGGCGUCACUUCCCCGUUCGGAGCUGCGACAAUCCUGUUGCGCCGGACCCACCGGAAGUCUCCUCAGCGCGGCGGGCGGUUCCUAGACAAGAGACUUCGCAUCUCGACUCUGCGGCGCAGGCCAUAAACGAGAUAGAGCCAGUUCAUUACUCACGACAGCGGUGUAGGCAGCCUCCGUUUAACAAGAGCCCCGUCAGAGUGCCGCAUCCGCGUGCCUUGGUAACUUCAAGUCCACUUAGGCGGAGUCACCUCUCACUUGGUUCACUGGCACCGAUAGAAGAACCGCGGAAGGAGCGUCCGGUGCCACCACCUUUGAUAAAGAAGCCGUUACGCUUCGGUAGGCGCCACACGCCUGAGCCACGUUCUGUGAGCGCAGAACAUAGACGAGUUGGUAUUAAAAUGGUGCCUCCUCCUUCUCACUGGGAAAGUGCGACAGAAAGGCGUAUGGCUUUUACCAACCUUGGCGUUGGUGCCUACAAGGUGAAUGGCAUUCAGCAUAGAAACCAAAGUAAUUGGGAAAUCGGCUUCAGUUCCCCGCUCCGGCUACAUAGGUGUAUGUCGACUGAAAGUAGGGGGAAUGACAGUGCGACCGCGCCAAACGACGAGGUUCCAUGGAGAGGAAGAAGAUACAGUUCGUCGCCAAGACGACGUACUGCUGACAUUAUCUCGUGGAUGCCGUUGAAGUACUGCUAG